UGCAGUAUGUGGCAGGCUGUGGUGCUGUGGCAGCUGAUGCUCGUGACUCUUCUUCGGGUAUCAGUGCAGGGUCCUCACCAGCGCUUUCUGCUCAGAGAGCUACUGAGGGACUACAACCCCAUGGAGAGGCCGGUGGCCAACGACUCGCAGACCCUCACUGUUCAUUUCUCCUUUACUCUGAUGCAAGUCAUGGAUGUGGAUGAAAAGAACCAGAUCCUCACCACAAACGCUUGGCUGCAGAUGCAGUGGUACGACCACUACCUCCAGUGGAACCAGUCAGAGUAUCCCGGGGUGAAGAACCUCCGUUUCACUUCCGAUCAGAUCUGGACACCUGAUAUUCUGCUUUACAACAGUGCUCAUGAUAAGUUUGACGCCACCUUUAAAACCAACGUGCUGGUGAACUCCAGUGGCUUCUGUGAGUAUCUGCCUCCAGGAAUAUUCGUCAGCACAUGCAACGUGGACGUGAGAUGGUUUCCAUUCGACAUCCAGCGCUGUGAACUGAAGUUUGGCUCCUGGACCUUUGACGGCUGGCUGCUGGACAUCCAGAUGAAGGAGGCAGAUGUUUCAGGAUACCAACGCAACGGAGAGUGGGACCUAGUGGAGGUCCCAGGGGGUCGACAUGAGGUUUUCUAUGACUGCUGUGCAGAGCCCUACCCGGACAUUACCUUCGUGGUGACAUUACGGAGGAGGACCUUGUUUUACGCUCUCAACCUCCUCCUCCCGUGUGUGCUCCUCUCCUCCAUGACCUUGGUCUCCUUCCUGCUGCCAGCAAACUCCGGGGAGAAGAUCAGCCUUGGAAUCACGGUCCUGCUCUCGCUGACUGUCUUCAUGCUGAUGGUUGCAGAGAUUAUGCCCGCCACCUCAGAUUCUGUUCCACUGAUAGGUCAGUACUUUGCCAGCACCAUGGUGAUUGUAGGGAUGUCUGUAGUAGCCACAGUCAUGGUCCUCUCGUUCCAUCACCACAGCCCAAACAGUGGACAAAUGCCGCGCUGGGUGCACUUGGUUCUGCUGCAGUGGGUUCCUUGGUUCCUGCGGAUGAAGCGUCCGGGCGAGGGAGCGGACCCCACUCCCCCCAACUGCCAGGCAGACCGUCAGACCAUGUCCUCUCCUACCACCACCGCCACCACCACCCCAGUGCCCUCCAUGCUCCCACAGACGCUCAACUCCCUGCAGGCCAGCCUCGCCCAGCUCACCCACCCUCUGUCACACCCACUGCCCCACAGGCCCAACUCGCAGGUUCUCAUCCUCCCUUACCCCAACCACAGAGACACCAGCCCAAAUCCACAAGGCCAGCUUAACGGUCAUCUGCCAUACAUGGGGUUCCAGACCUUCCAGACCACUGUGGAAGUGGAGCCUGUUCAGUGGAGCAGAAGCGCUGUUCACGGGAGGGUCAACGGUGGACUAGGUGAAGGAGAUGGAGAGGGAGCAGCAGCAGGAAGAGAACCAGCUGGAGAUACACCAGUCGACUACCACCUUGCAUCCUCAAAGUUCCCUCCACAGGAACCUGCGGUGUCAACAGAGCCCGACCCGUCGACAACAUCACCUGGACGUUGCGGUUCAGAGGCUGUGGCUGGAGCAGGGAGAUCAGAGGCCAUGAACACCCACAGCAGCAUGGGCCAGUCAGCAGCCGUGGACAACCAGAUGCAGGCUCUCCUGGUGGAGGUGCAGUUCUUGGUGGAGCGUGUCCGGGAGCAGGACCGGCAGCUGAGCUUGGCGGAGCAGUGGCAGUUUGCCGGCGCCGUCAUCGACCGCCUGUGCCUCGUUGGAUUCAGUGUUUUCAACAUCAUCUGUACCAUCGCGAUUCUCAUGGCUGCACCCAAUUUCGGAGAAGCACUGUCAAAAGACUUCAUCUGAGAGGCAAAAGCCGAGAACUGAGAGAGAAGGGGACAAUAAAGGAAAAUACAGAUAUGGAUUUGUUGGAAGCACAAUUGCUGUCACUGGGACAUAAAACAACUAAUAUUACUUGAUCAGUGAGCUGGAUCGGACUGUGGCACAUGAGGCUUCUUUUCUUCUGUUUCUUUUAUGGUGGAGUAUUUCCAUCUACUGUUCUUUCUUUAUUUUCAUUUCCGUGGAUGCUUCAUUGAUUUUUUAAAUCAUGGCCAAACAGACAGAUUCCUCAGCUAAAUCUUUGACUGAAUAAUAAGUAAAGAGAAUGAGGAAAGUAAAGCAUGACUGUAUUAGAUUUCUAAAAUGAUGCACCAUGAAGUUUCUCAGUAGACAAACUUUACUCUCAUGUGCUGCAUGUAAAAUGUUUUUUAAACUGCUUUUACA